GAAAGCGUGAAGGCUGGCUUAUGAAGCAGGCCAACAAGAGCGGCCUUAGCAGUUCAGUAGCUAACACAGUCCUCAGUCUGUGCCAGGCCUCUUACACGGUCAAGUGUCGCCCCAGCUCAGGAAGUGCGCGUCCUCUCCGCCCUCCUUUGCCCAGCGAGGAGGCCAGAUCCCUGUGCGUGAGGAACGCGCACUUCUACACAUCUGUCCGCUCGGGACCCCGCGGCCACGUCUUCGGGGUGAACUCGCUCACAGCAGGUGGGCCCGCACAGGAAAGUCUUAAGAGACAUCAAUACUUGAAUUCUUUGUUUCCUCAUGAAAACUCCACUGCUUUUUAUGGAAUAAAUCAAUUUUCUUAUUUGUUUCCUGAAGAGUUUAAAGCCAUUUAUUUAAGAAGCAAACCUUCCAGGGCCCCCCGAUACUCAGCAGAAGUGCGGACUUCCAUUCCCAGCACAUCUUUGCCAUUAAGAUUUGACUGGAGGGAGAAGCAUGUCGUGACACAAGUGAGAAAUCAGCAGACGUGCGGCGGAUGCUGGGCGUUCAGUGUGGUGGGUGCGGUGGAGUCUGCGUGGGCCAUUCGGGGGGAGCCUUUGGAAGACCUAAGUGCCCAGCAGGUCAUCGACUGCUCCUAUAACAAUUUCGGGUGCAAUGGAGGUUCACCUCUCAGUGCUUUGAGCUGGCUGAACAAGACACGAGUAAAACUGGUGAGAGACUCGGAAUACCCAUUUAAAGCACAGAAUGGCCUGUGUCGUUACUUUUCCAGCUCACAGCCCGGAUUUUCAAUCCGAGAUUAUGUUGCAUAUGACUUCAGUGACCAAGAGGAUGCGAUGGCGCAAGCCCUUCUGCUGUCCGGCCCCUUGGUGGUGAUAGUGGACGCGGUGAGCUGGCAGGAUUACCUGGGGGGCGUCAUCCAGCACCACUGCUCCAGCGGGAAAGCCAACCACGCGGUGCUCGUCACUGGCUUCGAUCAAACAGAGCUAUUGGACCUGCAGAAACCCAAUUUGAGACCAGAAGCUGUGUGCCCCCAAGUUGCGCGGGUUUGCACCUCCUUGUGUCUUUCAGGAAGCACUCCCUACUGGAUCGUGCGCAACUCCUGGGGAAGCUCGUGGGGCGCGGAGGGCUACGCCUAUGUGAAAAUGAGAAACAACACCUGCGGUAUUGCAGACUCUGUUUCCGCUGUAUUCGUAUGAUGUGUUGGGAACAUGAAGACAAUGAGAAAAAUAAAAUUGUGCCAUGUAGCAGUGGUAUUUCACUCUAAGCAAGACUCACCCUCGAGCUUUGGCAACUGCUGACAAAAGUCUCUCGGAACUCAGGAUUUAAACCAAGUUGCAGAUCUCCCCCUCCUUGGAGAGGUGGACCCCCAAACCCCUCGGAGGAGCUGCAGCCCUGGGCCUGCAAAGAGAUCUGCGUGUUUCCCACUCUGGGGCAAGUAGGAUGAGGAGCUGCCUUAGGUUUCUCCAACGUGAGCAAGCUGUUGUUUGCUGAUUUCUCUUUUCAUUUUUAACAUGGAACUUGGUUCAGGUCUGAUCAAAGAGCUGGUUACAGUUUGUUUUCCUUCAUGGGAUGUAAUCUGUAGGCUUAGAUUGCCCUUCUCCUUCUCCACAAGAGUCGGGCUGUGAGCCUCACAAUGACCUGGCGGCAUUCCAGGAGCUGGACUCUCAAUUGCUUCCCUCGCCUCCUGGCUCUCACCCUUUCAACAGCAGGGGAUCACGGACAAAGGAAGAAGGAGAAACCAGGUGCAAUGAAAGGACUGCAGGGAGCCGUGUGUGAUCGACCACCUCAAAUAACACUGCCUCUCACACAAACUAUUUUCUGAAAAUUACCAUUGUCAACAGAAACCCAGGGGAUGUAAUUUUUUAGAUUCUUCUGUCUGUAUUACAGAACAAAGCAUUUUCCCGCAUUGACUCACGGUCUCCAACUCUGUACUGUUAUCAUUUCCAAAGGUGCCUGCUGGUCUGGUUUCCCUGGCUAACGAAUUGCUCUUGUCCUCACUUUCCAUUUUUAUUUCCUCCUCACUUACUGGGCUCCCGUUAGCAACACCAGGAUCACACCCGUCUUCCUACCGUGGUUCUCUCAAAUUUCUUUCCCUCGGCCUGGUACAUCAGUCAAAUCGAGAGCACCCCGGGCUCUCUGACUUCCGUUUUGUACUUAGAUCGCCUGGCCCUGUCACAGCUCCUUCUCCGAGCCUCCCUUCUGCUUCCCUGUGGGUGGCCCCGGGUUCACAGUGCCUGCUGUCCUCCUGCCUGUGUCCCAUUGAGUGAGUGACUCGGAUGUGCUGACACCGAUGCGCCCUGACGAACUUCCCUUCUGAGCGGUGAUUGGCUCCUGAGCGAGCCCGGAAAGGACGCUAUGUGGAGCUCAUGCCCUGCGGCCGGGGUGGGAGCCACUGUGGUGUUUUAAGAACCUCAGCACUCAGUUAUUUGAAGUAUUUUACCACAUAGGUACGGUUUCGUCAACUGUAAACAAUUCCUUGACGUUGUAAUCAAAUCCACUAUUUUUCUCAGAAAGCAAAAUAAAAGUAUAUUUCAUAUUAAAAAAGAAA